AUGAACAGAUCCCCCGGAGAAUUUCAGCGGUUCGCCAAGGCGUUCCAGCAACAGUUGGCGAGAGCCCAACAGGCCGGCAGCAGCGGCAGCGGUGGCAGCGGAAGACAAGCACCAAGAGGAGCGUUUGCAGGCCUAGGAGGCCUCAUUUUUCUGGGUGGUGGUGCGAUGCUUCUGAAUGCGUCGCUUUUCAACGUGGACGGUGGUCACAGAGCCAUUAUGUACUCGAGACUGAGCGGGGUUCAGUCCCGGAUUUUCACAGAAGGAACGCAUUUCGCUAUUCCAUGGCUGGAGACUCCAAUUAUCUACGAUGUGCGUGCCAAGCCUAGAAAUGUGGCCUCUCUGACCGGCACCAAGGACUUGCAAAUGGUCAAUAUCACCUGUAGAGUGCUUUCCAGACCUAACGUAUCGCAGCUCCCCACCGUGUUCCGCACUCUGGGCCAGGACUACGACGAAAGGGUGCUGCCCAGCAUUGUCAAUGAGGUUCUGAAAUCUGUGGUUGCCCAGUUCAACGCCUCGCAAUUGAUCACCCAGAGAGAAAAAGUGUCCAGACUUAUUCGUGAGAACUUGGUGCGCCGUGCGUCCAAGUUCAACGUGCUGCUAGAUGACGUUUCGAUCACGUUCAUGACCUUCUCGCCCGAAUUCACCAACGCCGUUGAAGCCAAGCAGAUAGCGCAACAGGACGCCCAGAGAGCCGCGUUUGUAGUGGACAAGGCCAGACAGGAGAAACAAGGUAUGGUCGUCAAGGCGCAAGGUGAAGCAAAGUCUGCAGAGCUGAUUGGUGAAGCCAUCAAGAAAUCAAAGGACUAUGUAGAGCUGAAGAGACUUGACACGGCCCGUGAAAUUGCAACUAUCCUGAGCAACUCUCCCAACAGGGUCAUCUUGGACAACGAGUCCUUGCUGCUAAACACCACUGCCGAUGCCAGAACCAAAAAGUGA